AUGGCUGAUCGCAUGGUCUUGUACCGGCGACAUAUCUAUCAAGUGUCUGCCUUAUCAACUUUCGAUGGUAGUUUAUGUGCCUACCAUGGUUGUAACGGGAAGGCAGCAGGCGCGCAAAUUACCCACUCUCAGAAUGAGGAGGUAGUGACGAAAAAUAACGAGACCGUUCUCUUUGAGGCCGGUUAUCGGAAUGGGUACAAUUUAAACCUGUUAACGAGGAUCUAUGAGAGGGCAAGUCUGGUGCCAGCAGCCGCGGUAAUUCCAGCUCUCAAAGUGUAUAUCGUCAUUGCUGCGGUUAAAAAGCUCGUAGUUGGAUCUGCGUCUGAGGACCUGGUCCAUCCAUUGGAUGAGAACUGGGCUCCUAGACUAAUAUUGCGAGUUUUCCAUACGUUGCCUUGA